AUGUACACCAAUAUGCGCGAGAGAGAAGAGUUUUAUAGAGGUUGUUCAUCAGGACAAUCUAGUCAAGCACCACCACCAACAGCCAGAGCACUUGGUUUGGAUGCCUUGCAUGGAUUGUGUAAAGAAAUUUAUCCGGACCAACCUAAUCCUCUCACUGUCACAGCUGUUGUGAAAUAUUGGUUGGGUGGUCCUGAUCCUCUCGACUAUAUAAGCAUGUACGAAAAUCCUGGCUGUCCCGAACUAGGCGUGCCACCGCAUUGGCAUUACGUGAGUUUGGGUCUUUCCGAUUUGCACGGAGAUGGACGACUACAUCCAAAAAGUGGUCCAGGUCGUCCAAGUGGUUUUGGUUUUGAGCUUACCUUUAGAUUGGUACGAGAAAGAGGCGAAACGACUCCACCCACCUGGCCGGCAAAUGUAAUGCAACAACUAGCUAAAUACGUCUUUAACUCUGGUAACAUGCUGCUUCCUGGUGAUCAUGUUUCAUGGCACGCUCCUUUGGACAAUGGCAGUGGUCGCAUCACGCAAAUUUUAAUGGGCAGAGAUCCUCAACUGCCUACAUCAGUCUCCACUCCUCAUGGCGAAGUUUCAUUCGUACAAAUUGUGGGAGUUACUUCUGAGGAAUUACAAGCAGCUCAACAUUGGAAUGGUCUGGGUGUAGUAAAUCUUUUGAAAACGACUAGGGGUUGCGGGCCUUGGUUGUUGACGGAUAUGAAAAGGAUGCAUUCUGUUAUGGAGGAGGAUCCUUCCGUUGCAGAGAAAAUUCAAUGUGGUAUUGAGAGGGAAGGAUCCAAUUUGAGUGGCGUUUCUGCAAAGUGCUGGUGGGUACAAGUUAGCGGUGACAAGAGUACGGAAAAAUAUAGAGAAAUUAAAGAAGAUUCCGACGACGAAGAUAUUAAACCCAUAAUAAAGACAGAAAGAUUAUCUCCUUGUGAACAAGAGAGAGAUACAGGCUUUUCUGAUAUUAAUUGUGUCAAAGUUUUACCGGGACUACAUUUAACGUUUAACCUCGAAGCUGGAUCCUUGUUGCCAUUAGCGAUAAAAGGACGAGUUAUGCACGGAAGGCAUUUUACGUUUAAAUCGAUAUUGUCUCACACAGCUGUGACGAUAGUAGCACCCUCGGUUACGGGUACUUUGGUAUCCAAAGAAAAACCAUAUGUUGUUCAAGGUCCUUGGUUACAAGUUUUACUUCCCGAAGAUUUGUCAGAGAAAAUGGCAAACGAAUUUCAGAUCUUAAAUUCACCAGAAGAAAUUCAAUUGCCAAAAACAUUUUCUUGGCCCGAACAUAAGUUGGUUAUAACCGUUGUGAAUGACUGAAAAAAAAAAAAAA